AUGGCUGAUCUCGAACAACCAGAGGCCCCUCAGCCCGAGGACGCCCAAAGCUGGCAGGGAGACUUUGACCCAUUCGCGGACGAGGAAGAGAGACGGGUUCUCUUCGCUGCUUUUGAUUCUUUCAGACUCUACCGACGAACAGCCCAUCUCAACACAACCCACCACAGACGCCAAUCAUUCUACGCCCUCCCCUCAGCACACUGGCAACUGCUCUCGGAGCCCCCCUUUUCUCUCCUCGACACAUUCAACCAGGUCGACGACGCCAUCGACGCCAAUGCCGACAUAGCAGAUGAAAUCCUCGCCACAGGUCUGCAAUCAUUCGGUCUAUCGCCAGACCCAGACCUAGACCCAAAUCAUGACUCUCAGCAAAGUAGUUGGCAUGGCACAGCUAACAGCACAGAUGUCGGAAAAGCGCAUUCGACUAUUCGUCAGUUUUAUCGCGACUGGAGUGAAGAAGGUAGACGCGAGAGGGAGGUUUGUUAUGACCCCGUUCUUGCUGUGUUGAAUCAGUCAUUUGGUGGAGACUCUUCUUCACGGCCUCGAUCUGAUUAUCGCGUGCUUGUCCCAGGUGCUGGCCUUGGACGGCUGGUGUUUGAUAUCUGUGCUGCUGGGUAUGCGGCUGAGGGUAAUGAGAUUUCAUAUCAUCAAUUACUGGCUAGUAGUUGGGUCCUCAAUCACAGCCGCGGUGCGAAACAGCAUGCUCUCUACCCAUUUGCGCUGCAUUUCUCGAACAUCAUAUCGCGAAAACAGCAGCUACAGAAAAUCAUGAUUCCGGAUGUCCAUCCUGCCUCGUCGAUGGCUCAAGCCCAGAAUGAGGAUGGCUCUACCUCGUUUGGGAGUAUGAGCAUGUCGGCCGCGGACUUCAUUCCACUUUAUAGCGGGGAAUCGCAACGACAUGCAUUCGAUGCUGUUGCAACGGUGUUCUUUAUCGACACAAGUCCGAACUUGAUUCGAUACAUUGAGACAAUCAAGAACUGCCUCAAGCCUGGCGGAUUAUGGAUUAAUGUUGGACCUUUGCUCUGGCAUUUUGAGAAUGAAAAACGACGGACUACGGCUGCCGAUCAGAAUGGGACUGAAGAUGCAAUGAACGAAGAGAACGCAUUGACUCUUUCAGGCCAUCAUGAUGGAAUUGGAGAACCGGGAAAUGUGGAACUAUCAGAGGAAGAAGUUUUUCAUCUCGUUCGACGUAUGGGAUUCACGAUUGAGGCACAACAGCACCCCGAAGAAAGGCCAUAUUGCGGGUAUAUCCAGGAUCCGGAGAGCAUGUUGCAGAAUCUGUAUCGGCCUUCGUUUUGGGUUGCUAGGAAGAAUAACACUGAGUGA